AUGGCCGAUAUCGGCCAAGUUGUUGUCAUUGUUUUGAUUGUUGUGGCUGCCAUUGUAAUUGGAUUUUGUUGUCAUUUUGGUUCGCAAAAGCGAAGAGACCAAGAACGUGCUGCCAAUCUUAGAGCAUCGCAGCAAGCGGCUGGACCUACUGCAAACCACAACGAAAGCGCUAGUUCCGUAUUCUUAUUUGGAUUGCAAGGUGCUACUGGAACUUCGAAUUCAACCGGUGCUGCUGGCGGAGAGUCGCAUUCAGCUGAAGAUCGAGCCGAAGCGAGUGUGCCUAUGAGCCCUGAUGCUAUUGCAGACUGCGGUCCCCCGUCUUACAGAUGUUUAGCAGCUUCAGAUGAGUUGCCUCCACCAAGCUAUGAAGAAGCCAUGAGAGCUUCUACCGAGGAUAUAGCCGGGACAUGACUUAAAGUAUCGUAUCAACAUAAAUGGGCAACUUGUUCACAGUUUUGGGAAAUAUUUAGCUAAGGAAGUCGAAGGUUAUCGCUUCUCGUGUCACACCUUUACCAAUUUACAAUGUCGUAAAGUUUUUUAUAAAGCGGGAUAUUUAUGCCAAUAUUUUCUUAUUUUACAGGUUCGGGAGUAUAUUCUUCGAACAGAGAAAACCGUUUAACAAAGAGAGCAUAUUAUAGCAAUUAUAAUAUUAUGUUUAUUUAGAUUGUAUGUGUAUGGUAGUGUAAGAUUUAAGUCAAGAUUUGUUUUGACUUCGAUUUCCAGUCGAUUAAGGCGUGAUGGAAGUUUGGCGACCACGUUAUGAAGUUUGUUGUCACGGUUAACUGACUCUGUUUCCAUUGAAUCAUUCCUCUGGCGGGUUUUCAUGUUUGACGGUUGGUGACUCACGGCUCUUAAGAUUCGGUUAACAUAGGAAAUGAGUAAGGUUACCCGAUUAAUACCGCUAUUAUACUCUCAAAAGUCCGUCACCAACUUUUUCCGCGCCGCACGUAACUGAUAAUCGUAGUAACAACUUUCCUCAAAGUAAAUUUUCAUUACGGCUGAAGUCGCAAAGCUGUACGCGGUAUGGACAAGACAUUACGCAACUCACUUCGGUCACGCAAUCUGUCGCAUCGCAACUGUCGGGAAGUGGUUUGAAAUGGUGUAACUGUGGAGCAUCUCAGUCACGAGAUUUUUGAACAAAAACAAGCAAGAAGAGAGAAAUUAAAGUUUUCCUCAACGCAAGGUUUUAAGAAGAAAAAUCAAUCAUUCAAUCAAUCAGUCAGUGAAUCGAUCAAUUAAUCAACCUGUCAAGUUACGAUCGUUUUUCCGCUGACAGGCAUUCUCUGCUGCAAGAACCUCCAUUUGCAGCUCCAAUUAAAAAUUUCCAUAAAUGUUAAAAUCAUCCAUUAUAUAACUGCUUAAGAUGUACGUAAUCAGCUCAAGGCUAAGGUAAAUUACCAUGAUAUGAGGAAAAUGACGAGGGACAAAUAUAGGACUUUUUAUACUCUUUAUCCACUAUAUCUUCCCUCACACGUAAAUGCAAUGAAAAGUAAAGCUGUGUUUGAUCAGAAUGUGUCCCGUUUUUCUGAGAAUUGAAGCAUUAAAGGGAUUCCUGUCUGUAAACAGUUAAAUUACAAGGUGAAAGUCUGCACUAAAUACUAAAAAAUUAAAGACGCGGACAAGGAACACAGCAACCUGAAAACCAAUAUUCAAAUGCGUAAUAAUCGAAAAUUUACUGAAAAGUGUUCCAAACAAUAUUGAUGACGUUGACAGAAGACUUUAAAACUAACGGAAUGAAUGCGGGAUGUCAUUUUACCGCAGAGGUUUACUGAUACAGACACCUCACGAGGUUUACAUUAUAAUGGUAACAAAAUUUCGGAUUUUAUCAGAUUCUGUUCUGUUCUAAGCACAAGUACACGACAUCAGGGUGUCAGAUGGAAUUUCCGAGCCGUUGUAAUGGUGAGUUUCGUUGCAGUGAUUACCAAAGCAAGGGAUUACUGGUCCUUUUUAAAUAUAUCCAUGAUACUUGUCUGAACGUGUGAAUCGAAAUCCGCGAUUGUGGUCCACCAAAGACUUAAGAUACUUAUUCAUAUUCCGCGAGAAUCAACUGUUUAAUGUUGGUUUGGUUUCAUGCUUCUAUAUAAAAAGAAUCCGUUUAAGGUUGAUUUAGCUGAUUUACGUACCUUGUGAGACGGUCGAAUAAGCAUAGGUAGCGACCGUUGUCGUUUGCGCUAGGUCGGCUGAAGUUAUGUGGAAUUAACUUGACGGCCGUAACGCAUGUUGUUAAGAAAAACAACAUGGCGACUUACUCCUGCUCUUUCGAUACGCUGGAUAUGCUAGGAAGAAGUAAAUGAAUGGAGGUUCCAACCACAAAUGCGUUUUCGGAAAUGUUCGUCUUCGUCUCAAAAACAAAACAAAGCAAAAUAUAUUCAUUACAUUAGCGUUUUAGUUUUGCUCUCAUUUGUCCAUACUUCUGCAUUUUCUUUGAAAACGCGUACCUUUUGGUGCGAUCUCGCCAACCACCCACAUUUAAACGCCCCAAAACGGUAAUGCCUUCGUAAUGUCAGAAUGUGACGCAUCUUUCAGCAUUCUCUCUGUUUUCAUUUGUCCACGCUUGAGAGGAGCGUUUACAGCACGAUGCACUUUCUAAACACACCACUUUUGACACGAUCCUCGAAACUCUUCGUAUUCAAAAGCUUUUCGGGCGUUGAUGUUAGGUAAGAACGUGUCAUCAAGUAGUUAAAUAGCGUGUUUUUGAUCGAAAACACUUGGAUGGGGCGUGAGAGGCGUGAAAAUCUGGGUAAAAGCAGGAGUCGUGUUACAAGACUUUAAUUGGCCACUUCGUUGUUUACCUUUAACAUUUUAACGAGGAGAAGUCUGGAUUACUGUGUUUCAACCCAAAACGAUUGAUAUGGUGAUCGAUUGGCACGCUUCAACCGCUUCAUCCCCAAACAGUUGCGUUUGACACCCCAUAAGAAAUAAACGUAAAUUUAUGCACUUUAGAUUUCUACUUUAUGAAACUUGCAUAUGAAAAUAUUAGAUAAUAACCAGCAUCCACUUAGCUUCGUUCGCAGAACGGUCCAAGGUUCGAGUCUCGUUCAAAGCUGAAUUUCUUUUUCAGGCUAUCUGUCCACAACUGCUUCAGUCUUUCUUCCUUUCUUCUAUUCUUUCAGCUAGGUGAAACGAUAUAUUAUUGGAUUGGAGCUUCCCUCGCAGUACUCUUCAUGCUUCUCGUUUGUCAUUGCAUAAGACAAAUGGAGGAAGACGAAGAAAAUGACAACAUUAACGCCAAUCUAAGAACUGUCAACACGAAUGGAAUUCAAAGGGAAGCAGAAAUUCAACGAGAUGGACAGGUGGAAAGGAUGGUAAUGAGUACAAGGAACGACCCUUGGCAACAUGAAGAAGCGUUUGAUCAAAUUUUUAAUCCCGUUGCAGACAGUGCCCCUCGAUCAUAUAUUGAAGUCGAAGAUGAGACGGAAGCACCUCCGCCAAGUUAUGAAGAAGUUAUGAGGGCUUCACAGGAGGCUCCUCAUUCGAGAACACCGUCAAACGAUCAUCAUGUUACCACGUAUAUUUAA